CUCCUACAAUUGCAUCUUCUUUGGAUGCAAGGUUUCUUAGUGGGUUGAAGGAGGAAAGGGUUGAAGCUGCAAAACGUUUUAAAGCAGGGGGAUUUGGUGAUAUCUUGGCCAACCAAACUGUGGACAAAGCAAAAUUGAUUGAUGAUGUAAGACAAGCUCUCUAUGCAUCCAAGAUAUGCAGUUAUGCUCAGGGGAUGAAACUUAUUCGUGCAAAGAGUAUUGAGAAGGGUUGGGACUUGAAGUUGGGGGAACUGGCAAGGAUUUGGAAGGGUGGUUGCAUCAUCAGGGCUAUUUUUCUGGAUAGAAUCAAGAAGGCUUAUGACAGAAACCCUGAUCUUGCAAAUCUUCUUGUUGAUCCAGAAUUUGCAAAGGAAAUCAUUGAGAGGCAAUCUGCAUGGCGUAGAGUUGUAUGUCUUGCCAUCAACUCAGGCAUUAGCACCCCUGGCAUGUCCUCCAGUCUGGCUUAUUUUGACACUUACAGAAGAGAGCGCCUACCAGCUAAUUUGGUUCAAGCUCAACGUGACUAUUUUGGCGCACAUACAUAUGAAAGGACUGAUAUGGAUGGAUCUUUCCAUACUGAAUGGUUCAAGAUAGCCAAACGGCUAACUUAUUAAGUAUCUCUCCUGUGGUAUUCCUCAAAAAUCCCGACAAGCAUAAUAAUAUCUGCUGUGGACAUCAUACCCCUGAUAGAACUCACACCAUGUAUUGUUUGGUGAAAGUUUAUCUCAGUUGCUUGUCUGAUAUCCACUUAUCAAACCUUGUCUUUGUUUCUUAGCUUUGGCAGAUUUGAUGCUUUUGUUUUGUAUUUGUUCCUUGCAAUCUUUCAUACUGUGCUGCCUUGUUUUGGUUAAUUUAUUUCAAAAUU